AAGAAAAUAGAGUGGUGGUAUUUGUGAGAACAUAAUUAGGUGAGGGACAUCUUUCUCAUGGCCAUUACUCCCGUUUCUCCCAUCCCACUUACCUUUAUCCUCUAUGUUUUUCUUGUUCUCCUAUGCCCUUUAUGCUCUUUGAAGAAAGGGCUUACCGUUGAAGGAAAAGAGACUACAACAAAAUACUUUCGUACCGUAAAAGUCAAUUCUCUUCUGCCAUCGAAUGUCUGCAGCCAAUCCACCAGAGUUCUCAACAGAGCUUCAUCCCUAAAAGUUGUGAACAAGUAUGGACCAUGCAUUCCAGUGACCGGAUCUCCAGAAAAAAUCAGCGUUCCCUCAGCAGCCGAAUUCCUCCUUCAAGACCAACUUCGAGUGAAAUCAUUUCAAGUUCGGCUUUCCAUGAACCCAAGCAGUGGUGUUUUUAAGGAGAUGCAGACUACAAUACCGGCAUCUAUAGUACCGAAUGGAGGUGCAUAUGUUGUCACCGUGGGCCUUGGCACACCGAAAAAGGAUUUCCCCCUCUUAUUUGAUACUGGUAGUGACCUUACAUGGACUCAAUGCGAGCCGUGCUUGGGGGGUUGUUUUCCGCAAAAUCAACCGAAGUUCGAUCCAACCACAUCAACUUCAUACAAAAACGUUUCGUGUUCCUCUGAAUUUUGCAAGUUAAUUGCUGAGGAAGCGGCCCAGGGUUGCAUUUCCAAUACAUGCAUUUAUGGAAUCCAAUACGGGAGUGGCUACACCAUCGGAUUUCUUGCCACAGAAACACUAACCAUUGCAUCUUCAGACGUGUUCGAAAACUUCCUGUUCGGUUGUGGCGAAGAGAAUAACGGCACAUUCAAUGGUACAACCGGUUUGCUAGGACUAGGCCGCUCCCCAAUAGCCUUACCAUCACAAACUACCAACAAAUACAAAAACCUCUUCUCUUAUUGCUUACCAGCAUCUCCAAGCUCAACUGGUCACCUCAGUUUCGGUGUCCAAGUCUCUCAGGCUGCAAAAUUCACUCCAAUUUCUCCAAAACUCAAGCAGUUGUACGGCCUAAACACUGUUGGAAUUAGUGUUGGUGGCCGAGAACUACCAAUAAAUGGUUCGAUUUCUCGGACAAUCAUCGAUUCCGGCACAACCUUCACAUUUCUUCCAUCCCCGACAUACUCGGCUCUUGGCUCAGCUUUUCGAGAAAUGAUGGCAAAUUAUACUUUGACAAAUGGAACAUCCAGCUUCCAGCCAUGCUAUGACUUCAGCAAUAUUGGCAAUGGCACUCUUACGAUACCUGGUAUUAGUAUUUUCUUCGAAGGUGGAGUUGAAGUGGAAAUCGAUGUUUCGGGGAUCAUGAUCCGUGUGAAUGGUUUGAAAGAGGUAUGCUUGGCAUUUGCGGACACUGGGAGUGAUUCAGAUUUUGCAAUUUUUGGAAAUUAUCAGCAAAAGACAUACGAGGUGAUCUAUGAUGUUGCUAAGGGAAUGGUUGGAUUUGCUCCUAAAGGUUGUUAGCUAAGAAAUUAAGAAAAAUGAAUCCCGAGUACGUCAUCGUGGUGGUCAUUGUAAAAUUUCAUAUAAUAAGAACCAUCAACAUAAGAUGAGCAGAAAUAAACUAGAGAAUAUAUAUAUAGUAUGAUUUCCCAGUAAUGUUUUAACUAAA